AUGCUUUCGCCUCCACUCCGCAAGGUGUUCGUGCUACUCUCGUGUACGUUUUUGGGUCUUAUAUGUGGAACACUAUACUUGUACUCGUCAUAUUCGCCGCAGCUCGCCGACAGAUUAAAGUAUUCUGUCAGUGAUUCUUCGUCCAUUGCGCUUCUGGGAACGCUAGGAGUCGCUAUUUCUGGGCCACUUGCUGGAAAAGUGGUCGACAAACGCGGGUAUACCGUGGCUUUGGUUAUCGGAGGACUUUCAAUUGUCACUGGAUAUUUGGGCCUCAAAAAACAGUAUGAUCUCCACCAUUCAAACGUGUCACUCCUGGCAUUUCUCUUUAUUUUGGUGGGUCUGGGGUCCACGUUCAUAAACCUGACGUGUCUCAAGUGCUGUGCUGUCAGUUUCCCCAGUAUUCGUGGGGUAGCUACUUCGCUUCCAUUAGCUCUCUAUGGGUUAAGUGCCCUAUUUUACUCCGUGGUGGCAUCCAUGUUCUUCCCAGGAGACACGUCGCUGUUCUUGGGGUUCUUGGCGUACUCGUCGGGUAUCAUAUUUAUGGUAUGUGCUCCAAGCGUAAUCUCGUGUGAUCGUGAACAUAUGAAACGGCGACAGGUGCACGAGACAAUUGAGUUGACUACCGUGGGUUCUGCCACCUCACGCUCAGUCACACCAAUGCCACUGAUCCUGCUGGUACCACUGGUACCUUCAUCUCCUGCAAUAUCCAAUAUCGCAGCGACUUUGCCCAGUCGUCAACUCCACAAUCAGUCGCUCGUUACUUCGUUUCCUUUCUGGCUCUUGUUCGUUACCACUGGUGCUCUCGCUGCCCUUGGCCAAAUGUACAUAUACUCAGUGGGCUAUAUGGUCAAAGCGUUGCUUGCAAAUCAUUCCGAUGCCUCCAUGAUUCAGAGAGACCAACAGCUCCAGGUGGGACUUCUCUCUGUAGCCAACUGCUUUGGUCGUAUCAUGGGUGGUGUUCUUGGUGAUAUCAUCACCCAGUCAUUUGGACGAUCCCGGUCGUGGCUCCUCUAUCUUCCAACAUUUGGGUUCCUCAUUACCCAGGCUAUGGGUCUUACUACCUCUGCAUACGAAGCGCUCUCAUUAGUCUCGCUUCUUACAGGAUUCUUUUAUGGAUUCACCUUUUGCAUCAUGCCCUUGAUUGUGGGAGACAUCUUCGGUAUGGCCAACUUCUCCUACAAUUGGGGCAUUGUGGGGCUUGCUCCAAUACUUCCAUCAUUCUAUUUCACCAGUCUCUUUGGGCUGAUAUACGAUUCACACACGGUAGCCAAAGCGGGCGAGCCUGCCGUGUGUAUGCUAGGAAAAGCAUGCUACAACUCAAUCUUUGAGCUUACGAUUGUGGUUUCAAUAUUGACAUUGGUGUUGGUGACGGUGUUUAACUUUGGUCCUCUCGAGGAAAAGGAAAGAGUGCCGCAUGUUGCAUAG